GUGGGCGAAAAAAGGCCAGGUUAUAAAGGAAGCAUCCGGUGACUUCUAUGAAACCAUCGUGGACCACACCUUCUUCUUCGAACCCGUCUCCUGCGAGGUCACCAAUGCAUUGGGCAGCACAAACAUCAGCAGGACCGUGGACGUCUACUUUGGGCCCAGGAUGGCAACAGAACCGCAGUCCCUCCUCGUUGACCUGGGCUCAGACGCAGUCUUCAACUGUGCCUGGACAGGGAACCCAUCUCUCACCAUCGUCUGGAUGAAGCGAGGCUCAGGCGUGGUCUUGAGCAACGAGAACAAGCUGACCCUGAAGUCCGUCCGCCAGGAAGACGCCGGGAAAUACGUGUGCCGAGCCGUGGUCCCACGGGUCGGUGCGGGGGAACGGGAGGUGACGCUCACCGUCAACGGGCCACCCAUCAUCUCCAGCACCCAGACGCAGCAUGCCUUGCACGGCCAGAAAGGGCAGAUCAAGUGUUUCAUCCGCAGCACCCCACCGCCGGACCGAAUCGCUUGGUCCUGGAAGGAGAACGUCCUGGAGUCGGGGACCUCCGGGCGCUACACGGUGGAGACGGUCAGCACGGAUGAAGGCGUUAUCUCCACGUUGACCAUCAGCAACAUCGUCCGGGCUGAUUUCCAAACGAUUUACAACUGCACCGCCUGGAACAGCUUUGGUUCUGACACUGAGAUAAUCCGCCUCAAAGAGCAAGGUACGGAAAUGAAAUCAGGAGCUGGUAUUCAAGCAGAGUCGGUGCCCAUGGCAGUGAUCAUCGGCGUGGCCGUGGGGGCCGGCGUGGCGUUCCUGGUGUUGAUGGCCACCAUCGUCGCCUUCUGCUGCGCCCGCUCCCAAAGGA